CCGAGCCCGCCGGCGGCCGGGACCCGGGGGCGGAGGCGGCGGCGGCGGCGGCGGCGGCGGCAGCGGCAGCGGGGGGACCCCGGCGGGCUGGAAGUGCCUGUGCGAGGAGCUCGGGUUACAGAGAGAAAGGGGCUUGGCCAGGCGAGGGGAGGUGGGCGGAGGGUCCUUUUCUCUCUCUGUUUCUCUCCCUCUGCCUUUUUUUUCCCCCCUUCUCCCUCUCGAGCUCUUUGUGUGUCCCCCCCCCCACACUCCCCUCCUCUCGCUCUCACACCCCCCCCCCCUUCCCAACCAACCACCACCACCCAACCCCCUCUCAAGUCUUUGUUAGCCAUGCCUAGCCUGGUAGUACCAGGGAUAAUGGAAAGGAACGGGGGUUUCGGCGAUUUAGGCUGUUUCGGUGGGAGCGGCAAAGACAGAGCGCUGCUGGAGGAUGACCGGGCGCUGCAGCUCGCCCUGGACCAGCUCUGCCUGCUGGGGCUAGGCGAGCCUUCCUCCUCCUCCUCCUCCUCCGCCGUGGUGCUGGUGGAGGACAGCAACAACAACAACAAUAACCCGCCGCCGCCGCCGCCGCAGCAGCCCCCGCCGCCGCCGCCGCCGCCGCAGCAGCAGCCGCCGCCUCCACCGCCGCCACCGCCGCCGUCGGCCCCGAAGGGCUCGUCGGCUCCAAGCGCCGGGGCGGCGGAACCCAAGUUGUGCGCGUUGUACAAGGAGGCCGAGCUGCGGCUCAAGAGCAGCUCCAACACCACCGAGUGCGUCCCGGUGCCCAGCUCCGAGCACGUGGCCGAGAUCGUGGGCCGGCAAGGCUGCAAGAUCAAAGCCCUGCGGGCAAAGACCAACACCUACAUCAAGACUCCUGUGCGGGGCGAGGAGCCGGUCUUCAUGGUGACGGGGCGGCGGGAGGACGUUGCCAUGGCCCGGCGGGAGAUCAUCUCGGCUGCCGAGCACUUCUCCAUGAUCCGAGCCUCCCGCAACAAGGCUGGCACCACGUUCGGCAGCGCUCCCACCUUGCCGGGGCAAGUCACCAUCCGGGUGCGUGUGCCCUACCGCGUGGUGGGCUUGGUGGUGGGUCCCAAAGGUGCCACCAUCAAGCGAAUCCAGCAGCAGACCAACACCUACAUCAUCACACCCAGCCGGGACCGGGACCCCGUGUUUGAGAUCACCGGUGCGCCAGGCAAUGUGGAACGUGCCCGGGAGGAGAUCGAGACCCACAUCGCGGUGAGGACGGGCAAGAUCCUGGAGUACAACAACGAGAAUGACUUCCUGUCCAGCAGCCCCGACUCUGGCAUGGAGAACCGCUACUCAGAGGCCUGGCGGGUCCAUACGCCGGCGCCGGGCUGCAAGCCCCUCUCCACCUUCAGGCAGAACAGCCUGGGGUGCAUCGGCGACUGCUCUGUCGACCCCGUCUAUGAGACGCCGCGGCUGAAUGACCAAAAUGACUUCAAUUACGGUUACCUCUUCCCCAACUAUGGGGUGAACAAGCAAGAUCUGUAUUACGGGGUGCCGGAGUCAGGUGCCCCGAUGUGGGCUGGGCAGGAGAACACCAACCCCGUGUCGGUGCUCUUCUCGAAGCAGCAGCGGUCCAGCAGCACCGGCACCAUCCAUCCAAACUCCCACCGCUCCCCAUCCUCCUCCAUCCAAGAGCCCAAUCUCUCUGGUCUCCCCAGGCGGUCACAGGGGGAACCUCUCCAAGGGUUUUCCAAGCUGGGAACGACUACCACUGCCCGGACGUCCGUCUCCAGCAGCCGCGAGUGCAUGGUGUGCUUCGAAAGCGAAGUCACAGCAGCUCUGGUGCCAUGCGGCCACAAUCUCUUCUGCAUGGAGUGUGCCGUGAGGAUCUGUGAGAGGACUGAUCCCGAGUGUCCCGUUUGCCACGCUGCAGCCACUCAGGCCAUUAGAAUAUUUUCCUAAAGAGACACAGCAGGGCAUUGGGGUGUGGGGGGGUGGGGUAGGAAGGGAGCAUUGGGGGGGGGGGGGUCCAGGAGAGAAAAAAGAUGAUGCUAAUAAUAAUAAUAAUAAUGCUAAUGCUAAUAAUAAUAAUAAUGACAUCUGAAGAACAAACGAAUGAAUGAAAGAAUAAAUUAAUUUAAAGAAGAAAAAGAAGAAGAAGAAAAAAAAAGAAAUUAUUUUACAAGCAAUGUAUGUUAUUUUUUAAAAAAGAAAAAGUGAAUAAUAAAAUGAAAGUGAAUAGCAAAAGCCAGAAAUUGGGAAGAGCGAACGAUGCUCCAGCCUGCAGAUGUCUUCUGUAAAGCAAGUUCUCGGGACGCACACUCGGAUCUCGCAAGCAAAGCGGUUUAGUUCAGUUUCUUUUUGGUGGUGAGAUUGGGACUUCUCGGCAUGGACCAAGCCAGGCCAUCGGGAUCGGACAGGGAAGGGAGCAGGGAUGCGGGGAGGGCCCUGUGAGCCUUUCUUCUCCAGCCACUUCAUCUUGGUCUGAAGCCCCUACUCUCCUCCUCCCCAGGGAUGUCUCAGCCCAACUGGGAGCUUGGCAAGGAACAACUAGGAAGAAAGGAAAACGGAUGACAGGGAUUUAGAAGAGACAGCAAAGAAACCAUCGACCUCUGGGAACCUGUUAGAACGAGGGCACAACUGUAUUACCUCAAAGAUUUAAACACAAAAAAAACAGCUAAAGAACUUUUAUUGUUUUCCUUUUUUUCUACAAAAAUAAUAAUAAUAAAAAAAACCAAACAAAAAAAAAAAACACAAAAAAAGAAGAAAAUCCUUAAAAAGAAGAUGAAGAAAUCGAAGGUGACGCCGGUGAAAGGGCAGAAGGUUCGGAAGAACCUCCUGGAAUCGCACCGGGCGCUGAGCAGUUCUUUUGUUCUUCUGAGCCACCGUGGAGUCUGGAACUUUGUUCUUUUCUUUCCUUAUCCGAGCAGGGAUUUGUUCAUCAGACGAAUCAGGAGUCACUAACAGGGUAUUUCAAAUGCAGUCCUGAGUUCCCAUCCAUGGGGGGAGUGGAUCGACUUCCACGGUUCCGGAGUUCACUCUUCAUCCCUUUUUUCCAAGUGAUGCCAGCUGCAGCUACACACGUGCACACCCCUAACAUUGUGCUUUUCUUUUCUUAACGAAUAGAGAUAUAUAUCACACCAAAACCUAAGAGAGACGAUCAUGCAAUACAGGCAAUGAGCCCACACGAACCCAACGUGCAUCCCGCCAGAAAGCAAAAAAAGAACCACCCCGACUUUAUAGAGAGGAUUUUGUUGUCGUCGUUUUUAAACUGGACCAAAACUUUUUGUUACCCAAAAAACCAAGUGGGGGGGGGAAAUAAAAUAGAAGAAAGAAGUAUUUCUUUAUGGACCAAAACCUCGCCGCUGUCCUUUGCCUGGAUCUUCCUGAGGUUGGCCACUUUUAUAGAUUCUAUUUUUUUCAGAAGGAAACAAAAAAAAACCACAAAACACAAAAAAAUUUGCCUUGUUGAACAUCCUUGAAUCAUUUCAAGACUCCUGGUUUUGUUAAAUGAAAUACUUGUGGAAAGCCUUGGGAAGUGGGAGAGGAUGGGCUUCGAGUCUGGCUUCAGUGCCCCAGGCACGCGAGCUGCAAGCCAGCACCUUCACAUCAUCAGGUUUGUUCAACCAGUGUCUGGAUGCCAAAAUGCUGUGAUGGUAAAGAUGUGUGUUGGAUUAACCUAUCAAGUACCAGUUAUACCUAUCUAUAAAUAUAUGUGUAUAUAUAUAUAUAGGCACUUAACUCAUCAAGCACCUAUAUAUAUAUAUAUGUGUAUAUAAUCAUAUAUAUAUAUAAUUUUUCUCCCACCACCACCGCUUCCCCAUUUCCUACCCCUUGACUUCUGCUCACAGAUCCCAGACCCUGGUUUAGAACUGAACCAACAAGUGUCCCAACUUGCUCUAGACAGUUCUACUUUUCCCCUUCAGUUACAGGAGACUUUCUGUUCAUCGUAAGGACAUUCCUGGGAACAUCCCCUCUUCUGCUCAGUUUGCUGCCGCUUGCUCCCGGUUGCUGCCUCCAUCCCAGUAUGGGCUUCUGGAGCCUCACUGGAGGAGAGGCUGAGCUUGCCACUCUUGGGGUGGGCUGCUCCGGUGCUCUGUGUACACUAAAGAUCGACUUUUGGUCUUCCGAUAACGGGUGGAAGGGCAUGAAAUGCUGUUCCUCCACCAGUUUGCGUCAGCGGUAAAAUGCUACCUAGGGGCAAGAGGUGGCUGGAGGGGUGGAUGACAUUCCCAGGCUCCGGAGCGGAUGCUGAUGUUCUGGAGAAAGUAAAAAGAAAAGAGAUGCUGUGCUAAAGGGACACUGUCAGGUGGAAUUUGUGCUUGCUUCCUCCCCAAAGCUUUAAGUGAUCUCCGGCCACGUGGUCCCGGCGCUGCACCGGGAGCAGGUUGGGAAGGGAGCGCUUCCCAGGGGAAGGCGCUGCGUUUUGGACCCGCCGCUGUGGGUGCCGUGGGGAGAUGGAGGGCGGGGGGUGCUGGGCUCCCAAAGCCUCCCUGGACUGGUGCUGUUCCAGGGCACAGAAGCCUUCCAUCCAUCCAUCCAUCCAUCCAUCCAUCCAUCCAUCCAUCCAUCCAUCCAUCCAUCUAUCCAUCCAUCCCCUUGGCAAAGGCUUCCGAGCCCCAGCCAGCUCUGGCCACAUCCUUUCUAAAACUGGCCCUCCUUCAAAAUCUGGCUUUGUUUUGGUCCCAGUCAAAGAAGGGGAAGGGAGAGGGGGAACAUUCCUGUUCUCUGGGUGGAAACCUCUUCCCUCCCCACCACACCACCUCCACCAUGUCCUGUUCCCCCACCCCAGGGUUGGAUUUGAACUGUUCCUUGUGCAGAAUUCUCCCGCUGAUGUCGAGAGAGUGGCUGGGGCAAGAGCUGGGGGUGGGAGGGCGACGGGUGGGUCAGGGGGGGUCCAGCCCCCAUUGGAAGGGGCGUUCGGAAGCGUUGGUGUUGGUGAUGGAGGGGAUUGAGCUGGGAACUCCACCGGGAAUUGCUUCCCCCUGCCGGGCGCCCCGGGGCCGAUGUGUUAGUUGAGUGACUAGUCGUUCUUGGCUGAGUGAAGUCUGUUCGUGGUAAUGUGAGCAAGUUUUUGAUCAAUGUCUUUCUUUGAUUGCCAGGUUAUGAAGAGGUGGGUGGGAGCGGGGAGGGGGGAAGGAGACACCCAUGGUGGGGACCUGGGGUGGGGGGGGACCUAUUCUAGCACUGACCCUAAGGAGUGGGAAGGGGAGGGAAGAGGGGGCUCUUGGCCGCUCCCUUUAUCUCUUCCCUUACCUUAACAAGAGAAAGUGAUGUAAAAGCCUCCUGCAUGCUGAAAAAUGUUAGAGAAAAUGAGAAAAAAAAAGGUCUUUUUAAGAAAAAAAAAAAGGAAAAACCACAAAAAAAAAAAAAGGAAAAAAAAAAAAGAAGGAAUUCUGACCCAAACAAACGUCCAUGCUUGGUGGGAACCAGAGCAGGGUUGUCCAUCCGUCUGUCCAGGCGGCACCGCGGCCACCCCUCUCUGCAGACAAGGUUCCUACUUGAGUCUCCAAGUUGGCCUUUAAUAAAAUCUUCAGUUCCAAUAACCUUUAUAUAUAUAUAUAUACACAUAUAUAUAUACAUAUACAUAUAUAUUAAAAGAAAGCUUGAUGUAGCAGUUCUAGUUUAAAAUUGAAUAGAAAGUGUUUCGGCCCCUGUUUUCUUUUGAGUUCUCCCUUUCCCCUCCCCGCACCUCAUCCCAACUCCAUAGUUUGAUGUAGCAACUUGGGAAGAAAGCAAAACCAGGCGCUGUAAAACGCACCGAGAGCUACCUCUGGCCUGAGAAUGGGGCUGCCCGGGGGCUGGGGCAGUGCAGGGGGGGCCCUGCAGCACCCGCAGAGGUGCAGCCCCAGGUGCUGUUGCCAUCCAUCCAAGAGGAGCCCGGUUGCGGGGCUGAAACAACAGAAUUUGCAUACCUAUUUUUUUUUUUCUCUCUCUUUUUAAAUAUAUGUAUAUAUAUUAAAAAAAAGAAAAAAAAAAGGAAAAAAAAAGCUUAAAAAAGAAAAAUCAAUAAAAACAAAAAACAAGAAAAAUGCCCAUGACCUUAACUGUUUGCUCUGACUUGUAUCUUCCUUGAUAGGUGUCUAAAAAUGGCUUGUUGGUCUGAUUCACCAGCAAUAACUCAAGUUCACUAAAGACAGAGCCCUCCUCCCGGCACCCUGCCCUGCUCUGCACCAGGGUCCGAGCGGCAUUCCCUGCUUUCCUCUUUCCUCCCACCCAGCAGGGAUGCUCCUUGCAAUAGGAGCAGCAGUAUAAACCAGCUAGGCUGAACCUCACUAGCUUCACCUGCCCUCAGCAUCCCUCCCAGGGCGCUGGGUAACCCAUUUGGGGUGCUGUGUUGCUACAGGGCACCUUCCUUGUGCCCAGGGAGGCAGAGGAAUGCUGUCCAGGUCUUUCCAAGCCAUCCCAACUCUCCCUCCCUUGGGUUUAGGAGCAGUAAAACUCUUGCAAGGGAGCCUGGUCCUCAAGACCCCCAUCCUUAAAGCUUAACUUUAUGGCCAGCGAGGAGCCCACCAAACCGGGGGGCUCCUGGCAGUGCUGAAGCAAAGCACGUGCAGGAUGGGACCUCACGGGUGGCCCAAUGCAAGUGGUCGCUGCUGGUUUCCCCUUGGGGGAGCGGGUUGUGCUGGAGUGUUUACAUCUAGUGGGAAUGGUGGAGCCAGUGUGGGGCUGAGGACCUGACUGGGACUUGCUGUGCGCGAUGGGAUGCUCCGGCCACUCAUCCUGCGGCAGGUCCCCAAAAACCCGGGGGCCUUGAAGCGUAGCUGCAUUGGAAGGUGCUGAGCUGUCAGCAGGAGGCUUCCAUGUCCAGGCAGGAUCAGACUCAUCCAGGAAGAGGGAGUGGACCUGGGAAAUGGGGCUGACUUGGUGCCGGAUGCCGCUGGGAUGUCUGCGUGUGCUUUGCCAAACUGCACCAAAAGCAAGGAGCAGGGGCUCCGGAGCUUUGCUGAAUCUGGGACUCAUCCUGCAGUCUUUUCCUUGUGGGUGCAGAGCUGAGGUGGUGUCAGGGCUGCGGGAACAUCCCUCGUCCCGGGGUGCUGGGCUGGGGGGGGCUUGGGGGUGAUGCCAAAACCUGCUGCGUCCUAGGCCGGUGUUUGCAGGGCACCACGGUGGGGACAGAGACUCCUGGCGAAGGGAUGGUGCGGGGGAGAGGGUGACAACAGGUAACAAAGGGAAAGCAGAGAGAGAAAGUACUAUCGUGCUGUGAUGUCAUCCUCAUGGACAGAAAUUAUAUAGAGAAUAGUGUGUAUUAUAAUACAGAACAAAAGAGAAGAAAAAAAAAAGAACCAAAAUUGGAUUUAUAUUUAAUGAGGAGAUCCUAUAAAAAUAUCUUGUCCUAACUCCCAUUUGCAAAAGUAUUUUUCAGCUGGAGGGAAUAUCUAUUAUUUUUUUUCUCUUUUCUUUCUUUCUUAUAAAAAAAAAGAAAACUAAUGAAUAAUCUCCAUCCAUACAAAGGCUCAGACUGUUAAUAUUGUGAACCUCUGAAAUCACUGCUCCAACCUGUUUCUUUGCGAGUUGAAGUGUUUAUUUUGAUGCAUUUUACUGGUGUUUUUUAAAGAGAGAGAGAGGAGGGAAAAAAGAAAAAAAAAAAAAGACUUAAGAUUUUAAAAUUAGAACAUUUCUUUAUAAUUUAAUAUUCUAUUUUAAUAAAUGCAUUUAUUACAUGUAAAUGUAGCAAGGAACUGGGCUAAUAAAAAUACUUUUUAUUAGGUAAUUUAUUAUAAGAAAAAAAAAGGAUAUUUUAUUUUAUGAUAAAGUGAUCCUUAAAAGUUUAGAAGGUUUAGAAUAUAUGUAGGUUAAAAAAUACAUUUGUAUCCAGAGUAUUGCUUACAAAGUGUUUUUAAUAUAUGUUUCCUCUUUUUGUGUGUGCGUGUGUGUAUGUACAAGGUGAUAGUCAUGGUGCAGAUAGCCCUUUCCAGAAACGAGACAUUAACACAGUUGGAUGUAUUUAAACA